UGGGGAAGGGCAAGCGUGGAAAGAGAAAGCGGGCGGAUGGUACGAUACGAGGUCAAGCUUUUGCAGAUGGGUCAAUGCCAGCCGCGAGAACACCACGUAACGCAUUUUGCGCCCCUGAUCCCGACUACGUCAAGCCCUCGAAGCGGCAGAGAAAGACCCAGAAUGAGAUGCGACGGAGUGAGGAACAAAUUGCUGCACGAGAAACACUACGACAUAAUCCCUUGGACCCGGCUGCUAUGAGGAUAUUUCAAAAACAGAAUAUAUAUCACAACAAGACCUCGUUGGUUGGUGCUGGAGCUGUAGCUCCUGGGGAGGCCCGGUUGCCCGCCUCCGUGGUGGAUCCGUUGGACUCCUCAGGAGUAAGAACUCCUGACGUGGAGACAGAAGACUUCGCUAUGGACAUGGAGGACACUUCUAUGGAGUAUCCUCUCCCAGAUGGUAUGGAACUUGGGGAUGAAUCCGACGGAUUUUCAGCCUACAAUGAGAUGAGUAUUGCCAGUUCUGACGAUGAACCCGAACCCAUUCAGGUCAAUAUCACUGGUCAGCCUGCCAUUUCAACCUCGAGUAUCACAUCUCCUUCUACAAUGCUUACGAUCUCUCAAGACGUCACGUCAGCGUGGAGUCUCGCUUCUUCUCAACAUAGUUUUAUACCAGAUAUUGUCCGUGCGGCUCGUCCUUUAUCUUGGUGGUGCAAGCCACGUACUUACAUAUCCUGCGACUUCGAGACAUCCAGGAACGGAAAAAUCUCCCAGGUCGGUUUUGCCUCUGUCUAUAUUUCACAAGAAAUCUUGGAUCGUUUACAUCGAGGAGCUUUCUUACCUAUGGAAACCGACUACUACCAUUUGAUGACCAGGGAUCAGCUCUUUGAGAAGCCAGCGCAUUGGGAUAAGCAGUGGAAGUAUCGAAAUGACAGACGGAACUUGUUUGGCAAUGGUACAUCAAAAGUUAUUCCUGACGAGGAGUUGAAUGAGUACAUGAGACAAGAAAUUUGUUUCUGGUCACUUGGUCGAAAUCAAGAUGAUGUCUGCUUGGUCCUUCAUGAUGCACGAGCAGAGCCAUUAAGUUGCCAAAAGCACAACAUCACCGCUCUUGAUGACUUCUGCGGAUUUGUUGAUACAGCUCGACCUGGUUACGGCUACUUCAGAACCCUCGAUACACAAUCUAUCUUUGCUGGUCAUCCUUGUGUCUGUCGACGUCAGCCAAGUUUAGAAUUCCUGGUGGACACACUAUUGAAGGUAGAUCCAAGGCAUUGUCAUAAUGCAUUGAACGACGCUGCAUUUACGCUGUGGUUAUUAUGCCUGUAUAUUCACGAGCAGUUUCAACAGUAGAUAGCUGAUGGAUAAUCGCCCACUAGACCGCUUUUCAGUGGAUGUGUGGCAUUAUAUCUAUAAGCUUUCAAGAAUCAAUCAG